AUGGGUGAGCGCCUUCCUAAUAACUGGAUAAACCAACCCAACAAGGUUAAAAUAAACGCAUAUCAAGAUCACUUUCCAAAAAUAACAGGGAAACGACAGCUGAACCAUGUAUGCCAAAAUGCAAACUGUAACAGAAAAUUUGCUACAAUUAAAGAAAUGAACAAACACAUUAGAAAUGAUCACCAAAAUAAAACUAAUAGUGAGUCCCAAUAUAGCUGUCCCUUAACUGACUGUAAUAAAACGUAUAAGACGUUGGGUUGGUUAAAUAGACACAUGCAGUCAUGCCACCCACAAUAUAAUCUAACUAAAGCCGAACCCAAAACCAAAGUUAAUAAAAUAAACUCCAAUAACGAACAAAAUAAAUGCCCAUACCCAGGCUGCAACAAAACUUUACCAACUAAAAAGGUAUAA